AAUUCAGUUCAGAGAGGAGAGAGGAGAGGGAGAAGGAGAGAGGGGCAGAGGAGAAGGGAGAGAGGGAGAGCAUGCAAGACAGGAAGGAGCACCUUAGAGUCUCUGAAGCACGAAAGAGAUAACCGAUUAGGAAUUUUUCGGGCAACUGUCAUCCCGGAGAGCAGCCAGAGAAUCACCAUCACCCCAACUCUGACGUUUCCUACCAGAAGUUAGACUUAAGCAGUAUUGACAUCGGAGGGAAAUGGUAUGCCUGAUGCUGUGGAAAAUACCCCUGAGCUGAAGAAGUGCAACUGGAUGUUGUGUGUGUGUUAAAUACCAGAAGAGCCCAGACCCCGUGGUAAUAGAGACGAAAAUGUGAAGAGAAUGACUAACGACAAAUCUGUGAAUUUGUUCUCUGGAGUUGCUAAUUUGCCAGCCCGAAGCAACACAAUUCACAAGGAGGAAACGUUUUGCUGCUUCUGAUUUCUCCCCAAACUGGUGCUACCAGAUGCACGGCUUUCUAUGUGUUGGAACAAAUCAUUCCUAACUGCAGCAUACCGGGAAAGGGGAAAGGUUGAGGCAACUAACUGGCUGUCUCCAAAUAAGCGAUGAGAUGUAAUGCAUCCUCCAGUCCAUGCACGCUUCCUCUUGCAAUUCGUGCAUCAUUCCUCAGUGGAAACCUUUAAACCCUAAAAUCCAGGAAAAGAAAAUAAAUACAUUAUCAUGGACCUGAGGGAUUUUUACCUGUUGGCUGCUCUGAUUGCCUGUUUAAGGCUGGAUUCCGCAAUAGCUCAAGAACUUAUUUACACUAUUAGAGAGGAAUUGCCUGAAAAUGUGCCCAUAGGAAACAUACCAAAGGAUCUGAACAUUUCUCACAUCAAUGCUGCCACAGGGACCAGUGCCAGCCUUGUCUACAGACUGGUUUCUAAAGCUGGGGAUGCCCCUUUGGUGAAAGUAUCCAGUAGCACUGGGGAAAUUUUCACAACCUCCAAUAGAAUAGACAGAGAAAAACUCUGUGCUGGAGCCUCUUAUGCUGAGGAGAAUGAGUGUUUCUUUGAACUUGAGGUAGUGAUCCUCCCCAAUGAUUUUUUCAGGCUGAUCAAAAUAAAAAUAAUUGUCAAGGAUACCAAUGAUAAUGCCCCCAUGUUUCCAUCCCCUGUCAUCAAUAUUUCCAUUCCAGAAAACACUUUGAUCAACAGCCGCUUUCCAAUUCCAUCAGCAACAGAUCCUGACACAGGCUUCAAUGGUGUACAGCAUUAUGAAUUGUUAAAUGGGCAGAGUGUUUUUGGACUGGAUAUCGUGGAAACUCCGGAGGGAGAGAAGUGGCCGCAAUUGAUUGUUCAGCAAAACUUGGACAGAGAACAGAAAGAUACCUAUGUGAUGAAAAUCAAAGUAGAGGAUGGAGGCACUCCACAGAAAUCCAGCACGGCCAUACUGCAGGUCACAGUAAGUGAUGUAAAUGACAACAGGCCAGUGUUUAAAGAGGGUCAAGUGGAGGUGCAUAUUCCAGAGAAUGCUCCUGUGGGCACCUCUGUAAUUCAGCUCCAUGCCACUGAUGCAGAUAUAGGCAGUAAUGCUGAAAUCCGGUACAUUUUUGGUGCCCAGGUCGCCCCUGCAACCAAAAGGCUCUUUGCUUUAAAUAAUACUACUGGGCUGAUUACAGUUCAGAGGUCCCUAGAUCGAGAGGAGACAGCCAUUCACAAAGUGACAGUGCUGGCUAGUGAUGGCAGCUCCACUCCUGCUCGAGCAACGGUUACCAUCAAUGUCACUGAUGUAAAUGAUAACCCUCCUAACAUAGACCUCAGGUACAUUAUAAGUCCCAUCAAUGGCACAGUGUAUUUAUCUGAGAAAGAUCCUGUCAAUACAAAGAUUGCCCUAAUUACAGUUUCAGAUAAGGACACAGAUGUGAAUGGCAAAGUGAUCUGUUUUAUUGAAAGAGAGGUCCCAUUUCAUUUGAAGGCAGUAUACGAUAACCAAUAUUUGUUAGAGACCUCCUCUUUGUUGGACUAUGAGGGCACCAAAGAAUUCAGCUUUAAAAUUGUUGCCUCUGAUUCUGGGAAACCCAGUUUAAAUCAGACUGCCCUGGUAAGGGUUAAGCUUGAGGACGAAAAUGACAACCCACCAAUUUUCAACCAGCCUGUAAUUGAGCUGUCAGUUUCUGAAAACAACCGACGUGGGUUAUACUUAACAACUAUUAGUGCCACAGAUGAAGACAGUGGGAAAAAUGCGGACAUUGUUUAUCAGCUUGGACCGAAUGCCUCCUUCUUUGAUUUGGACCGAAAGACAGGAGUUUUGACAGCCUCCAGAGUCUUUGACAGAGAAGAACAGGAGCGGUUCAUUUUUACAGUAACUGCCAGGGACAAUGGAACCCCUCCCCUCCAAAGCCAAGCGGCCGUGAUAGUUACUGUUCUGGAUGAGAAUGACAAUAGCCCCAAGUUUACUCAUAAUCAUUUUCAAUUUUUUGUGUCUGAGAAUCUGCCAAAGUAUAGUACUGUGGGGGUAAUCACAGUGACAGAUGCAGAUGCUGGAGAGAAUAAAGCUGUGACUCUCUCCAUUCUAAAUGACAAUGAUAAUUUUGUGCUGGAUCCCUAUUCUGGAGUCAUAAAGUCAAAUGUCUCAUUUGAUAGAGAGCAGCAGAGUUCCUACACUUUUGAUGUCAAAGCCACUGAUGGAGGACAACCACCUCGUUCCUCCACUGCAAAAGUAACUAUCAAUGUCAUGGAUGUCAAUGACAAUAGCCCAGUUGUCAUUUCUCCACCUUCCAACACUUCUUUUAAGUUGGUACCCCUCUCAGCCAUUCCUGGCUCUGUGGUAGCAGAAGUUUUUGCAGUGGAUAUCGACACUGGGAUGAACGCCGAACUGAAGUAUACAAUUGUGAGUGGGAACAACAAAGGCUUGUUUCGGAUCGAUCCAGUAACAGGUAACAUCACUCUGGAAGAGAAGCCAGCACCUACUGAUGUGGGCUUGCACCGUUUGGUGGUCAAUAUAAGUGACCUGGGAUACCCUAAGUCUUUGCACACACUCGUGCUUGUUUUUCUUUACGUUAAUGACACCGCUGGGAAUGCCUCCUAUAUCUAUGACUUGAUUCGCAGGACUAUGGAGACCCCACUGGAUAGGAACAUAGGGGACAGUAGCCAACCCUAUCAAAAUGAGGACUAUCUCACCAUCAUGAUUGCCAUCGUCGCAGGGGCCAUGGUGGUCAUAGUGGUGAUCUUCGUCACUGUCCUGGUGCGAUGUCGCCAUGCAUCGAGGUUCAAAGCAGCUCAGAGGAGCAAGCAAGGUGCUGAGUGGAUGUCCCCAAACCAGGAGAACAAACAAAACAAGAAAAAGAAAAGGAAGAAAAGAAAGUCUCCCAAGAGCUCUCUUUUGAACUUUGUUACAAUUGAAGAGUCCAAACCUGACGAUGCAGUUCACGAACCUAUCAAUGGGACAAUAAGUCUGCCCGCUGAGCUGGAGGAGCAAAGUAUAGGAAGAUUUGACUGGGGCCCAGCCCCUCCAACAACCUUCAAGCCUAACAGCCCUGACCUGGCCAAGCACUACAAAUCUGCUUCUCCACAGCCUGCUUUUCAUCUUAAACCAGACACUCCGGUUUCCGUGAAAAAGCAUCAUGUGAUUCAGGAACUCCCUUUGGACAACACCUUUGUCGGGGGUUGUGACACCCUCUCCAAACGCUCUUCCACUAGUUCAGAUCACUUCAGUGCCUCAGAGUGCAGUUCCCAAGGAGGCUUCAAGACAAAGGGCCCCUUACACACCAGACAGGUAAACGAGCACUUUUACUGGUCUAUAAGUACUGCAUACAAGUGCCCAGUCAACCAGUAUUAACGUGCCAGUGUGUCUCUUGUUUUGGUCUAACUUUAGCUUAGUUACAAAGAGGGAAAAAAAAAACUUGACCCCUUUUUUUAUUCCUCUGGGGCUCAGUCAAGAAUUUUUAGAACAGCUUUGAAAUUUCUGAGUUCUGAGAAUUAUUUAACUUCCCAGUUUCCUUCAAAUGACAAAAGAUGAAAAGAGGAAAUAAUUCCAAAAUGUCCCAAGAUAAUGUUUGCUGAAGAAGAAAACCUGUCCUGUUAUGCCAAAUUCUGCUCCUGGGGUUUCCAAAUUGACUGCUUCAAGAUUUUCACGUUACCUUUUGAUCUAAAAAGUCACCUUCAAAUCCCAAGUUUUAAAUGACGUUUGAAGGUGUCGCUAUAAUUAUUUUGGAGCUGUGGUUGCUAAAGGGGUUAAUUUUUUUUUAGUCUCUAAACAAGAUAGUAGUUUAUUAAAUGUACAUCAGCCGUGAAGCACAUGAUUGUUGAUAGAUUGCAACGAAGCCAUAUAGGAAGCCUUCUCUUUGAUUUCAGAUGAUUUCAUUGUAAUAUAGUACAUUGGGUAUUGAAUAGAAGGUUGGCAAAUUGUCCGUAAUGGCCAAAGUACUCUUUCAAGAAAAAAAAAAAAAUAGAAGGAAUGCUUUCUCCCUGAUAUAACCAAUUUAUACAGAAAAGAAUGAAUCCAUUGUAAAUAUUCUCCCAUCUUAGUAAUGCAUAAGUGAUCUGUCAUAACUCAUUUUAAACUGUGAAAUAUGCCAUAUGAAGAGGGAUUAAGAGGCUGAGAAACUCAUAUUUCAACCAAAUCCAGAAUUAGUUUUUCUUAGGUCUAAUAAUUCCUUGUUAAUAAAGAUUUAAAUGCAGUGCUGUCUAAUUUAUUUCACUGGUGCUUGUCUAUUGCCAUGAAAUUUGAGUGUCAGUAAUAGCCUGUAGAUGGCACUAGGGUAUCAUGUCGCUUGUGCUGGCCAGGCGCCCAUCCCGCAGUAGCAAGGAAAGGGGGGAGGGAAGGAUCAAGCUGGUACUACAGCCAAAGAUACCUUUUAUUUAAUGAUAGUUGCUCUGGAGCAACUAGCAUUUCAAUUCAUUUGGUUGCGCUUUUGUGAUUAGCUCUCACCACACCAACUUUCUAGGAUUUCGUAAUCUGAGUUCUACCCUUGUUGGUACUGAGUCCCCCUGUGGUGAUGGCCCAUCUGAAUUUGUUCAAAAUAAGGAACAUAUAGAUUUCAGAAAAUCAAGGAAAGCAAAAAUAAAUUUGCAGGACAGUAUUGACAAUUGUUGAUCAGUGUGUGAAAACUCAAGAGUUUUUCCUUUUUUUAUGCGGGACGUGGGGUGAGAUAGAAUGUUUUAUUGAAACUCUAUUUCCCUCUUACCAUCUAGUGUUUAUUGCUCUGGAAUGACUUUAAGGUUUUGUGGUAAUAAGAUAUUCAUAAAAGUAAUUUUGACAGUGAAUCACAUAGAUAUUCCCAGAACAGUAAGCAUAAUGUCUAUCUGUGAUUAUUCAACUAAAAUCUCUACUUCUUAAUGUAAAAGAUUAGAUAUCUAGAGCAUUUUAAAAGUACAUAUACUUAAAGCUUGAAGGCACAGAAUGAGAGGAAUUAAAAUAAGUCCGUGUCAGAAUUCUAGAGGAGCAUAUGAAGUUAUCUGAUAGAAGUUGAAGUUGGGAAGACUUAUUUUUAUGUUAACUUCAUCAGCUUUUUAAGAGAGGUUGUUUUAAAAUGUAGAAGAUUUCUGAGCUUAGUAAAGGUUUGUGAAAGUUGGUAAAUAAGAUAGUUAAUCAUGCUAAGUAAUUUUUGAAACUAAUGGACUUAAUGGAUUUAAUGGACUUAAAUAUGAAGGUACUAUUAAUGAAAAGAAAGAAAACGGCUUUUUUAUUUACUUUUUAGGUGAAGGUCACUCACAAUAUGCUGAUAUUUUAUGAUUUGCAUACUCUCUUGAAAAAAGCAAGCAUGAUUUGAACUUUUCAUACAAAAUCUGAAAUUUGUUUUCCAAAGAAACAUUCUGAUAUUCUUCCAACAUCAUCUUUCUUUUCAUGUAAAUGUGGUGUGGAUUAGCAUUGACGCACGGGCCCACUUUUUCUGACUUCUCCACAAAACUUGAAACUCUAUGUAGUACAGUGACAUAAAUGUUAAGUGCAUUUCAGCAAAUUAUGGAAAAGAUAUUUUGUUUAGGCUUAGUCAUAAGAACAUUUGUAUGAUGUAAUCUUUAAAAUAGGAUGCUGACUAAUUCUCUAACUGGAACUAAAGUGCAUUUUAGACAUUCCUUGAGACCAUGUGUUACUGUGCAGUUCUCAUUGUAGUCAUUUGGAUGUUCAGACAUAGCUGUAAUUCACUAUUAUGCUGAAAAGCUAUUGAAAUGGCUUUGCUUAUACCUUUUAGAAAUUUUCACGCCGAGAAAGAAAAAUUGCAGGGUUGGAGAAAAGGAAUAUUGGAAGUAAGGAGAAGUGUUGGUGAUAGCAAUAUGUACAAUUUUAGUGUGAGAGGCAUAUUUUCUAUGAAUGAAGAACAUAAAUUAUAUACGAUCCUUUUAGGUUGUUUUUUUUUUUUUAACUGAACUACAUGAGUGUUAUCUGAAGAAGUUCUAGUUAAGCUAAAAUAAAAGUUCUAUUUUUAGCUCCUUCUCUUCAACUAGUUGCUUUUAUACAGAAUAUGCUCCUGAAGCUACACAAUUUUGAAAAAAGUAGGGUUUAUCACAACAAAAGCUUUCAAAGGAAUUUAUAAACAUAUAAUGUGUGAAGAUUUUUAGUUGAGUGGGCACAGAGCGCUGUGAACAGGAAUACCUUUUUCACUUAAUGGUGCUAGUUGAUGUGUGAGUAAAAUGCAAGAUUCUUGAGUAAAGGGCUACCAAAUUUAAAUAUCAUUCAUUUGUGUUGUCGAUACAAUGAAAACAUAAUGUCUGACUCCUCUGCCAUCAGGGCAUAAGUUCCUAUUUUGUCUUUCAUUCCCCUGCUGUUUUGCCUUGUGUGACCCUGCAAAGAAUGUUGGAAACCAUAUUCCUCAUCCACUCGAUUUCACUGAGCUUUCAUUUUCCUUGAACAUAACAAAUCUGUCACUGGAUUUUCCACAAAUUAUUUUGCAUGAAUUUUCAGAAGUACCCUUAUCAUUCACAGAUUGGGUGGAAUUUCCGGUUUUUAAGAAAAGCAAGAGCAUGUCUUGAUAUUUAUUUAUAAAUAAGCGAAGUUCACUGUUAUAGGUUUAAGAGGAUGGCAAGAUAAUCAAUUCCAGUAGGGCUUACAGUGAUAAAGCUCAUUGGUGUAUUUUUCUAAAAGGAAAAUAUAUUCUUAGUGGAUGUGAUUUUUAAAAUGUGAUAUUAAGUUCUCAAACUUUAAGGUGUCUCAGAAUGAUCCGGAGGGUUUCUUAAAACAUGGACCCCACUCCCAGAUGUUCUGAUUCAGUACCAUUGGGGUCAAGCCUGAAAGUUUCCAUUGCUGACAAGAUCGUAGUCAUGUUGAUGCUGUUAGUCCAGAGACCAUACUUUGAGAACCACUGCCUCAGCAUAUUGGAAUAAGAAACGUCAGGUCUUUUCCCUUUCAGAUUAUCAUUUCCAGAGUACCUGUUUGUACACAGCCCAGCUCUCACUCAGCUCACUUAUUGACAGCCUUUUUAUUGUGGCUGGAGGGGCUUUACAGUAAGCUGUUUAUUGCUAUUUCCCAACCUGGUUGACAGCACUUGGGGAAUUAAUUUUCUUGGCCCCAGUGUGCUUUUUGUGGGGGUAUAAAUGAAAAUGUAAAAAAAAAAAAAAAAAAAAAAAAAAAGUGACCUAUUUACAUUUGACAACUUCUUCCAGUAAUAAAACAAUCUGUGAGAGUUGCAUUACAGUCUGGUUCUGGGUAAACAGUCAUGUUUAAUUUUCUAAAUGAAAUGCUUAUUUUAGAGUUUAAGUAUCCUGACUUCAACUGUUCACAAUCGAGAGUAUUUGCUCAUAUGUAUAUCUGUGUAUGUAUUGAAGAAAUUAAACAUUGAAAAUGUGUGUGCAUGCUAUACUCAAGUGUAUACAUGUACUUUUACUACAGAAAGGGAAUUGCUUCUAUUCCCAGUCAUUUAGAGAUACCAUACUACAUUUAUGAUUAUUUUUCAUUUUUGAAUAAUCCCACUACAACCACUGAAGUGCUGUGUCACGUAAAAUGCAGAAGACAGUCAUAGAAUUGCUAUUUAGAACAGUGGGAAAAUGCAAGUGAAAGAAGUGAAGGCAGCAAAUCUGAACUAAUGUGAGGCUACUAAAAAAAUGUGACGAUACUUGAAACAAAUGUUGCAGUAUAUCGUGACAGUUGAACACAGGUGGUAUGUGGAGAAAAAUUGCUCCCCAAGAUGCAGAGUAUAUUUACAAUGUUAUCAGUUGCAAUUUUUAUUUCCACUCCUUCCCUUUGGCCAAGUGCCCUAUAAUCAAGAAGUCAGUUGUGAGGUAAAGGAAACCCAGACCCCUUGGAUUGAUUUAGGAAUUUGAAAUGAGAAUGGGCCAUCUAUUCAAACUGGCUACCUUUCCUCUUGGAUUUGUGAUACAAAUACUUGAUUUUUUUUUCAACUUGAUACAGCUAAGCUAUAAAAUUCAAGGUACAUUUUAGCAUUCAUUGCUAAUAACCUUGAGGAGAGUAAAAAUAAAAGUUGCCACUGUAUUAAGCAUAGAUGUGUCUUCUGAUUACUGAAUACGUGUUAACGUAGAGAAAACAAUUUCAGUAGUUAAAAGACUAUCUCCUAAAUUUUACGAUUAUUUCUAUAUAUAGAAACACUCUAAACUGAUGUUCCCUUAGUUUCAAGUGAGUCAUCCUUACGGUGUUACAGAAGAGGCUUUAAUAUCACUAAAAUUACCUUGCAAGUAUUGUACUGGUAAGAAUACGUGAUAUUCUUUGAGUAUAUGUAUAGUCUUAUUAAAUAUCUCAAGCUAUAAUGUAUCUUCUCAUAAUAGCUCAAAUUAAAAUAUACAUGAAAUAGUAAAAUAGAAUUUAGAUUUAAUGAAAAACCUCAAAUCUAAAACCACAUUUCCUCAUAACCAAUUGUGAAUUAGUCUGACUCUUGAACUUUCAUUUUUAUGUUGACUGACAUAUGUGAGAUGUGCAUAAACUAUACCCAAAAUAUUAGAAAUGGUCUCUUAAUGAAUUAUUUUUCAUAUCGCAUUAUUUUCUGUGACAGUACUGAGGUAUGAAAGUGAGACCUGUAAAUUAUUUUCUCAGAAGCAUUGUUUCCACAAUUUUAUUUUAUUGUUCAGAUUGUUUUGGUUUCUAAUUUUUUUUUGGGGGGGGGGGGUAGGUGGGAAUGCAGAAAUAGUCCAAAUGCUAACUAACACUCACAGAUGCCAUGCUGGUCUAGCGGUACCAGACUGAGUGUUUAUGGGCUCGAGGGCUAUGUCAACUUUACUGCUCCUUUUUUAGCACUGUCUCAGUUUGACUUUGUCAGAGUUGAACUCUUAGCUUGCGUAUUAUUUCAGGCAAAAAAGAAAGUGAGUUUAGUGAAUUGUUUACCACUUUCACUUAAAAUCCCUGCAGUAAGCGUUCUCUGAAUUUAGUGUGAUGUUUUCUUGAAGGAGACCCUUUAUUCAAACUAGUCUCCUGCUAAUAUUAACAAGUUAGUUAAUAUCUUAUAUAGUCAAGGUAGUUGGAAACUAAGAAUUAUUUAAAAAUACACGGGUUUUUAAAUUUUGGCUUUCUUGACAGCUGAUUUUAUGUUUAAUAGAUUUUCCAGAAUUCUACAUACCAGGGCCCUAAAAUUUGUCAUUUUAAAAAAAAAUAUGACUAAUCACAGGUCAGAUAUUAGUGAGAAUUUGGGAAUGCCAGGCAGCAGGGGGCUUGCUCUAAAGUUUUCAAUAUCUGGAAGCAUAGGAGUUCAAUAACUAAUAAUGCUAAUGUGGUACAUCCUUUGUAUUAGUUAGGACUCCCUGAAUCUGCAUCAGAUCAGGGAAAAAAAAUCCAAAUGUUGUAGAAAUAAGAUUUCUCAUGUACAUUAAGAGAUAGGCUGUGCUGUUUAGGAUUUCAUCAGUUAUUUCAGAUAGCUGUUAAAUCUGUCAAACAUUUCAUUUGGAAAGGAACACAUGCUUUUUACCUUUGUUUGAUACAAACCUAUUGGGCUGUCAGUCAUCAGAAACAUAGAACAAGAAAGACAUAUUACUAUGAUUGACAUUUUGGUUUUGAUUUAUAUUCUUUUUUCCCUAAGCCAAGAUUCAUUAAAAUGGAAGUUCAUUAAGUAAGUUAAACAACUACCCUUCCUUAAUGGUAAAGGGUGAUGGCAGGAAUAAAGUGGGAAAACAACCCAUAUUUACUCUCUCACUCACAUUUUGUCCUCUAGACAGUUUGUAUCCUAUAGAUAAGAAUAGUACUGGAAUUAGUAGAAAUUUCUGAGCCAUAAUAUGAUUUUAAGGCAUUCAGAACUUGAAGUCAUUGAUUAGGGAUAGGUUUUUCCAUACUUCUCUGUUAUUUACAUUAUUUAAAUAUUUCCCCAAUUUUAACAGUCCAAUCGAUUACUGGUCCAUCAGCACAUAUCACAUUUAAAAUGAUGGACUUGGGACCAUCUGUACAGUUGGGGGUGGUGAAGAUAUAAGCACAAUUUGAGGGGCAUAUUUGAUUAAUUCCUUCUAGUCAUGUUAUACUCAUUAUUCCAGAAUUUGUUAACAAGUGAACUUAUCUUUUCUUAAAAGGAUUCUAUUACAGCCUCAGCAUUCAUUCAUUUAUAUAGAUUUUUAAUUAUGUGGGCUGCAAGGAGGUAGAAAUUGGGUUGAUUUUACCACGUUUGUAUAAUAUAUUUUAACAUUCUUCCACAAUUUGUCUUUCUAUCUGGCCAUCUCUGCAUUUUAGUAUUACCCUGCUUUGUUAAUAUCCACUCUCUGGCCUUUUUCAGUCUGUUAGCAGUUGAUUAAGAAAUACUCUAAUCCCUUCCAGGAUAUUGAGAAACUAAUGGAUUGCAGAGUAUUUGGGUCUUUAAGCUUCAAUUGUAAAUGGUAUGAAGAAUUGUCAUUGAGCUGAUAUUUGCAUAUAUCUCUCCCAGUGCUAGUUACUUUGCCUCCUUUUUGUCCUCGUAAUCUUCAGCUUUCAUUCUAAGGAUAUUUAUUUUGGUCGGAAAUAAGCACGCCAGUGAUAAAAAUUUGGGAUUCACCUCCAAAUGAAUGCCAUCACAGACAGGGAAAUUCUGGCACAUUUUGCAUAGAUCUGUAUGAACACAGUGAACCCUUCAUAAGCUCUUAGAUUGCAGGAAAUCGGUACUGAAAAUUAAGUGGGGUUUUAAAGAUUUGCAAAGUAGAGAGCUUUGUAUAAUGCUGGUAUUGCAGGUGCCUAUUAAAUAUGAAGUAAAGGCUUUGUAAUACAACCAGCUAACACAUUUCCCUCCACAUUAGAGUGAUUUAUAGCCUAGAGAAUUAGUCUUAUCUAUUUUUUCCAAAAGCAGAAACAUUGGAUGUGUCUGAAAGAAUAAAAAUCUCAAAAACAUGCCUUGGAAUAGACAGAUUUACUUUUUGAUGAAUCUAGUUAUUCCAAGUGGACAGUGCAGGCCUGCUCACACUUACCUUUGGUACCUCCGAUGCCCGUGAUAUGGCUUUCAACUCUUCCUGAGAAGAAACUCUCAAUUGUGUGUGUCGACUCUCCUCCAAAAGUAAAUCAGAUGAAAACCCUAGGUAUCCAUAAAACCAUAGCAUUACCAUAAUGAAGAGGGCUGGCUACUAAGUGAGUGCUUUGAUCCUCAUAGGAAUUGAUAUUGAAUCAUUUCUCAAGCUAUAUUUUUAGAAUUCAUCCUUGCUCCAUUUGUAAAUAGUGUGUGUGUGUGUGUAGCACAGCAUCUCAUUCCAGACAUACGUGUAUUUCAAUAUGUUUACCUCAUGACAGUGUUCAGUAAAAUGCCUCGCAGUUCUUCAAUACUUCACAUGUUUGGCCCUGUUAGAUAUAAAUCAGUGGAAAGAGCCAUGUAUAUUUUUAAAUGAUUUUAGAAAUCCUAUAUUUUUACCUACUAGAAAGAGCAUAUAAUCCACGUGCAGUACACAGUAGGUAUGGUGGACUUGCUGAGAAUCUUCAUAGAUGAUUGAUUUUUAAAACAAAACUGUUUUUGUGCAAGACAAUAGCAACCGCAAUUCAGUGAAUGAGGUUUUUAAAAUUUUUUUCCUCUUUAAACAAACCUCAAUAUGGAGAAGAAUGGAGACACAGAAGGAUAUAUAAAAUGAAACCCUUUCUUUUAUAGGAAGAAAAUGUCUUCUGCUGACAGUAGUUCCAUAGUAGAUCUUUUCUUUGAGGAAAAAAAAAAAACAGUGCUUUUUUGGAUUCGGAGGAUACAACCAAUCUGUGCCUCUGUGUGAUAGCAGCUGCACGCUGAGGACUUUCAAAUACACAGCUACACAGGAUUCUGCAGGAAACUUUUUGUAGAAGGUGCAAGUGACAAAUGGAGACAAAAUGGAGUGAGUUCUGAGUUGUGAGUUGAUGCCCUCCUGUGUCAUAUAUUCAUGUCAUUGAACCAAUUUUCACAUUGGAAACCUAGAAUCACAAUAGCCUUACCUCUGUUUGUCAGCUGUAAACACACCUGCACUGGCAACUUUUCUUUCCUCCAUUUCUUAUCAUUCACUAGGUGGAUUAU